ACUUCCUAGGACGCUGCAGUGAGUGAGUGGGGGUUUGAUCAGGGCGCACCUGACAGGAGGAGUUCCCGGUGUACAGGAGCGGUGCCGGUCAGGUUGUCUGCCCAGCACUGCCCGCACAGGACCACACGAGCAGCGGUGACCCCGCUCCGCUCUCAGCUAGGCACGACGGGCCCUGUGUGCCCCUGCACUGAGCCAUGUCCAGCCAGGAGAAACAGGUGCAGACAACAGGUGAAGAGAGGAGAGCGCCAGCAGAGGGCCCCGACCCUGGCGGAGCCAAGGCUUUAGGCCCAGGGGUGCCCAUUCGAGGUAUCCGCAUGAAGUUCGCAGUGCUGAGCGGAUUGCUGGAGGUCGGUGAAGUGAGCACAAGAGACCUGGUGGAUACAGUGUUUAAUCUGCUUGUAGGAGGACAGUUUGAUCUGGAGAUGAAUUUCAUCAUUCAGGAAGGAGAGAGCAUCAUCUGCAUGGUUGAAUUGUUGGACAAAUGUGAUGUCACCUGCCAAGCAGAAAUCUGGAGCAUCUUUACAGCCAUUCUGAAGAAGAGCAUUCGCAAUCUUUUAGUGUGUACAGAAGUUGGUUUGGUUGAACAAGUUCUGAGUAGAAUUGAUAAAGUUGACAGCAUGAUUGCAGACCUGAUGGUGGACAUGUUGGGGGUUUUGGCAAGCUAUAGUCUUACCGUCCGGGAGUUAAAGUUGUUCUUUAGUAAGCUCCAAGGAGAAGCGGGACAUUGGCCUCCACAUGCGGUGAAGCUUUUGUCGGUGUUAAAGCACAUGCCUCAGAAAUAUGGCCCUGAUGCCUUUUUCAACUUCCCAGGAAAGAGUGCUGCAGCCAUUGCCUUACCUCCAAUUGCUAAAUGGCCAUACCAGAAUGGCUUCACUUUUCAUACAUGGCUAAGAAUGGAUCCAGUAAACAAUAUAAACGUUGACACAGCAAAGCCCUAUUUGUAUUGUUUCAGAACAAACAAAGGACUUGGUUAUUCUGCUCAUUUUGUUGGUGGCUGCCUGAUCAUCACAUCCAUUAAGUCAAAGGGAAAAGGCUUCCAGCACUGUGUGAAGUAUGACUUCAAGCCACAGAAGUGGUAUAUGGUAUCAAUUGUUCACAUCUACAAUCGAUGGAAGAACAGUGAAUUGCGGUGUUUUGUGAAUGGAGAAUUAGCUUCAUAUGGAGAAAUAACUUGGUUUGUCAACACAAGUGAUACAUUUGACAAGUGUUUCCUGGGGUCUUCCGAAACAGCCGAUGCUAACCGAGUGUUUUGUGGGCAGAUGGCUGCUGUCUACCUUUUCAGCGAAGCACUCAAUGCUGCACAAAUAUUCGCAAUUUAUCAGCUGGGCCCUUUAUACAAGGGUACAUUUAAAUUCAAGGCAGAGAGUGACCUCUUUCUUGCCGAACACCACAAAUUGUUGCUGUAUGACGGCAAGCUGUCCAGUUCAAUUGCCUUCACAUAUAACCCGCGAGCUACAGAUGCUCAGCUCUGCCUAGAAUCGUCUCCUAAAGAUAACGCCUCAAUAUUUAUUCACUCCCCCCAUGCCUUGAUGCUUCAGGAUGUCAAGGCUGUUCUGACACACUCUAUUCAAAGUGCAAUGCACUCCAUUGGAGGAAUUCAGGUUCUCUUCCCUCUUUUUGCUCAGCUGGAUUACAAGCAACCUGGUUCUGAUCAUAUUGACACAUCAGUCUGUUCAACACUUUUGGCCUUCAUUUUGGAGCUGCUGAAAAACUCACUCGCUAUGCAAGAACAGAUGCUGUCUUCAAAGGGCUUCCUCGUAAUAGGAUACAGUCUUGAGAAGUCUUCCAAAAUACAUGUUACCCGAACAGUCCUAGAGCUCAGCCUGGCAUUUUCUAAAUACCUGAGCACUUUGCACAAUGGAAUCCCUUUACUGAAACAGCUCUGUGACCACAUUCUUUUGAACCCAGCGAUAUGGAUUCAUACGCCAGCAAAGGUACAAUUGGCCUUGUAUACCUACAUGUCCACUGACUUCAUCAGCACAGUUAAUAUCUACAAUGCAGUGCGGCGCAUCGGCACUGUUCUCCUGGUGAUGCACACUCUGAAGUACUACUACUGGAUUGUUAACCCCCAGGACCGCAGUGGAAUCAUCCCUAAAGGUUUGGAUGAACUUCGACCUAACCAGAAAGAGAUCCUUUCUCUCCGAGCAUUUCUGCUCAUUUUCAUCAAACAGUUGGUAAUGAAGGAUUAUGGGGUAAAAGAAGAUGAACUGCAAGCAAUUCUGAAUUAUUUGCUUACCAUUCACGAGGAUGACAACUUGAUGGAUGUUUUGCAGUUGCUUGUUGCACUAAUGUCUGAGCAUCCAGGCUCCAUGAUUCCAGCUUUUGAUCAGAGGAAUGGAUUAAGGGUGGUUUAUAAACUGCUGGCAUCAAAGAGUGAAGGAAUACGAGUUCAAGCUUUAAAAGUCCUGGGAUACUUUCUGAAGCACUUAUCACCAAAUACUAGGCUGUAUCAAAUUCUCAUUGAACAGAUUAGUACUCAGGUGAUACAUAAACAACAUCCUGACCCCGAUUCAUCAGUCAAGAUACAAAACCCUUUGGUCUUAAAAAUUAUAGCCACUCUCCUGCGGAACUCUCCUCCAACUCAAGAAGUCAUGGAAGUAAGACGGAUGUUCCUGUCAGACAUGAUUAAGCUUUUCAAUAACAGCAGAGAGAACAGAAGGAGCUUGCUACAGUGCUCUGUGUGGCAGGAGUGGAUGCUGUCAUUGUGUUAUUUUAACCCCAAAAACGUCGAGGAGCAGAAGAUCACGGAAAUGGUGUAUGCCAUCUUUCGCAUCCUCCUUUAUCAUGCUGUGAAAUAUGAAUGGGGUGGAUGGCGUGUUUGGGUGGAUACAAUUUCUAUCACACAUUCAAAGGUCACGUUUGAAAUGCAUAAGGAGAGCUUGGCUCAGGCUUUCAGAGAAUAUGAAGGUCAAGUUGAUUGUGAAAUAGGACCAGGACCCUCAAGCCCUAUACGCACAGUUUCUGGGAGCAGCAGAACAUUUGAGACUAGGCCGCAGGCUUCACCUCUGGAACUUACAGAUGUACCAUCAAAUGUAGAUAAUCCACCAUCUUGUGCAACUGUAGAAACAGAAGAGAGAAGUGAAGGGGAAGAUAACAAUUCCCCUACAGAAGAAAAUAUGCAACAACAAGCAGAUGGUGAAGAUUUUGCAGAUAUUGAGAUAAAAGAAAGCCAAAAUGAGGUUCAUGUAGAGGAACUAGGUAGUGGCACAGAAGAACCUACAUGUAAUGUGGUCUCCAUUUCAAAUGACAGUGAAGAUGUAGGGGCUAAUAGUAAUGAGACUGAUCAAGUUGCUUCUACAGAGAGUUUAACAAAAGGACUGGAUGAUGUGGAAAGAAAAUCAAAUGAAGAUGUCCCUUUAGUAGACAGUCCAGAUUUGGCACUGAAGGCUGAACUUUCAGUACAGAGUGAAAUUUUGGAAGCACAGGAGAAGGAAACCUGCAUAGAAAAUAGUAGUAAAGUAGAAAGAGCACAAUUGGAGUGUGCAGAUACUUCUGACACUUUAAAUGCACCUUCCAGCAUUGUUGCUACAGACACAGCACCACAGGACAGUGCCACUCAAGAGGUCAAUGAAGCAACACCUGUGCUUGAGGAAAAUGUUGACUCUGCUGAAGUAACUGUAGAAGAAGGUGCCGUUUCCAGCAGCACGCAUAACUCUCAUGAUAAUGGGGAUCAAAAAAACAGCACAUUGGAUGCUCAGACGUUUGAUAAAAAAAUUGCCAAGCUUGAUGUGUCAAGUAUUGCUUCUGAUACAGAAAAUUUAGAACUGAAAGCCAGUUCAAACGGUGAAUCAGAUCAACCUCUGAAAGUGGUACAUGAGGAGCCUGUUAAACAGCCAGCAGGACAUGAGCCGGAACGAGCGACUUCCCCUGAUAGCCAGAGAAGAGAUUCAAGAUCUACAAUGUUUCGUAUUCCAGAGUUUAAAUGGUCAAUGAUGCAUCAGCGUCUACUUACAGACCUUUUAUUUUCGAUAGAAACUGAUAUCCAAAUGUGGCGAAGCCACUCAACAAAGACUAUAAUGGACUUUGUGAACAGCAGCGAUAAUGUCAUUUUUGUACACAAUACAAUCCACCUUAUAUCUCAAAUAACAGACAACAUGAUCAUGGCUUGUGGUGGUAUAUUACCAUUACUCUCUGCUGCGACCUCUACUACUGUAAGCAUACAUGAACUGGAAAAUAUUGAACCUUCCCAAGGUCUUUCUAUAGAAACAGCUAUAACAUUCCUUCAGAGAGCAAUAAGUCUUGUAGAUGUCCUUAUUUUUGCAAGUUCAAUGGGCUUUACAGAUAUUGAAGCUGAAAAAAACAUGUCAUCUGGGGGCAUCUUACGGCAGUGCCUUCGAUUAGUGUGUGCUGUUGCUGUUAGAAAUUGUCUGGAGUGUCAGCAGCACUUGCAAUUAAAAUCCACAGGAGAAAAUGUGAAAAACCAGAAGGCAAUUCAUGGCCUGGUGGGAACAGCAAAGUCUACUGCAAAGAGUCCAAUUGACGUACUGACAGGAGGAAUUUUUCCAGUCCGAGACUAUGACAGGCUUCUACAAGACAUGGAUAUAAACAGAUUGCGAGCUGUGGUCUUCAGAGAUGUGGAGGACAGUAAGCAGGCCCAGUUUCUAGCACUGGCUGUUGUCUACUUUAUCUCUGUGCUUAUGGUAUCUAAAUAUCGGGACAUCCUGGAGCCUCAAAAUGAGAGGAAGCCGCUUCAUACCAGCACCCCUUCCGAGCAUGUGGAAAAUGGCAGUGCUGACACUGGAACCUCAGAUGCUCUACCUAAUGCCACACAGGCUGCUUCAGAGGAUUUGGAAAGCUCCAUAUCUGUAAGAAGAAGAGACUCUGGUAUUGGUGAAGAAGCAGUUUUGGGGUCUGGUUGUAAUUACGAGACUGAAGCUGGCACUGAUCCUGUGAGUUCAGGCCCAGAUGCCAUCAGUGAAGUAUUGCAUACCCUGUCUUCAGAGGUCAAAAAAUCUAAUGAUACUGGAGGGGAUGGGAAUAGUGAACAGCCCACCACUAAAAAUGUUAAUGUAAAAGACAUUCUCCGGAGUCUUGUGAGCUCUCCAGCUGAAGAAUCCCUUGCUGACCCAACUUUGUUACCUCCAACAUUCCUAGGAGCACUUGGUGACCCUGCUGCUGAACAUUCAGUACAGUUCCGAUCAUUUGACAGGAGUGUCGUUAUAGCACAGAAGAAAAUGGCCCCUGUUGCAGUUACUGUUGGUCCUGUUCCUCAAGCAGUCAGUGUGGUGUCCUCAUUAGAAGCCUCUCAGUCUGCAGAAGCUGACAAAGACUCAUCAGGUAGUGGAUCGUCUAAUGCCAAACUGCCAUCUGUCCAGGCUGUUGCAUCUGUUCCAGAAGAUUCUGCAUCUCACAUGAGUAUUACAGAAAGACUGGAACAUGCCUUGGAGAAGGCUGCUCCACUGCUGAGGGAGAUCUUUGUGGAUUUUGCACCAUUUCUGUCUCGCACUCUUUUGGGCAGUCAUGGCCAAGAGUUACUUAUAGAAGGAACAAGUUUGGUUUGCAUGAAAUCCAGCAGCUCUGUGGUGGAGUUGGUGAUGCUUUUGUGCUCACAGGAAUGGCAAAAUUCUAUUCAGAAAAAUGCUGGCCUUGCUUUUAUUGAACUAGUUAAUGAAGGAAGAUUAUUGAGCCAAACCAUGAAAGAUCACCUGGUGAGAGUAGCAAAUGAAGCUGAAUUUAUCCUGAGCAGACAGCGAGCAGAGGAAAUACACAGGCAUGCAGAGUUUGAGUCUCUUUGUGCACAGUAUUCUGCAGACAAAAGAGAAGAUGAAAAGAUGUGUGACCAUUUAAUAAGAGCUGCUAAGUACAGAGAUCAUGUGACCGCAACUCAGCUUGUACAAAAAAUCAUCAAUAUUCUAACAGAUAAACAUGGAGCUUGGGGAAAUUCAUCAUCAAGCCGUCCCCGGGAAUUCUGGCGCCUUGACUACUGGGAAGAUGACUUGAGGCGCCGUCGACGAUUUGUACGGAACCCCCUUGGUUCAACACAUCCUGGAGCGACACUUAAAGCUUCCAAAGAUCAUGAUCCAGAAGAAGAUGCCCUUGUGAGAGGAAAACAAUCCAUCAAGAGCCAAGUUCUAGGAGGGCAGAACACAGAGAGCGAUAGCCUUUUGGAAGGGGAUGAUGACACUUUGUCAUCACUGGAGGAGAAGGACCUUGAAAAUAUGACAGGUCCGGUGAGCCUGAGCACUCCUGCUCAAUUAAUAGCUCCCUCCAUUGUGAUGAAGGGUACCCUGUCCGUCACAUCCUUUGAGCUUUACUUUGAGGUGGAUGAAGAUGAUCCCAACUUUAAGAAAAUCGAUCCAAAGAUUUUGGCCUACACCGAAGGAGUGCAUGGAAAAUGGCUCUUUACAGAAAUCCGUGCUGUAUUCUCAAGGCGAUAUCUUCUGCAGAACACAGCUUUGGAAUUAUUCAUGGCAAACAGAGUUGCUGUCAUGUUCAACUUUCCAGACCAGACUAUAGUGAAAAAAGUGGUUCACUGCCUCCCCAGAGUUGGAAUUGGCACGAAUUUUGGCCUUCCUCAAACCAGGCGCAUUUCCCUAGCUAGUGCUCGGCAGAUAUUUAAAGCGUCAAACAUGACUCAGCGUUGGCAGCACAGAGAAAUUUCAAACUUUGAAUACUUGAUGUUCCUGAACACAAUAGCUGGACGGACCUACAAUGACUUAAAUCAGUAUCCAGUAUUUCCCUGGGUCAUCACAAACUAUGACUCAGAAGAGCUUGACCUUACCCUUCCAAGCAAUUUUAGAGACUUGUCCAAGCCUGUUGGAGCACUGAAUCCCAAGCGAGCAGCCUUCUUUGCUGAGCGCUAUGAUUCAUGGGAGGAUGAACAAGUUCCGAAGUUUCAAUAUGGCACCCAUUACUCUACUGCUAGCUUUGUUCUGAGCUGGCUUUUAAGAAUGGAACCUUUUACAACAUUCUUCCUGAAUUUCCAGGGUGGGAAAUUUGACCAUGCAGACAGAACAUUUUCUUCAGUUUCAAGGGCAUGGCGUAACUGUCAGAGAGACACCUCGGAUAUUAAGGAGCUCAUUCCAGAAUUCUACUACCUCCCAGAGAUGUUUGUCAACAUGAAUGACUACAAUCUUGGCGUGAUGGACGAUGGCACAGUUGUUUCUGAUGUUGAACUUCCACCAUGGGCCAAAUCUCCUGAAGAGUUUGUUCGUAUUAGUAGACUGGCCUUGGAAAGUGAGUUUGUGUCUUGCCAGCUCCACCAAUGGAUUGAUCUUCUAUUUGGCUACAAGCAGCAGGGACCAGAAGCCGUUCGAGCACUGAAUGUGUUCUACUACCUGACCUAUGAGGGGGCUGUCAAUCUGAGCUCCAUAACAGAUCCUGUCCUGAGAGAGGGUGUGGAGGCCCAGAUCCGGAGUUUUGGACAGACUCCAUCACAGCUGUUAAUAGAACCACAUCCUCCCAGAAGUUCAGCCAUGCAAGUGUAUCUCCUCCUGCAGACUCCACUGAUGUUUACAGACCAAGCUCAGCAUGAUGUCAUUAUGGUUCUGAAGUUUCCCUCCAACUCACCAGUUACUCACAUUGCUGCAAAUACUCAGCCUGGAUUGGCCAGUCCUGCAGUCAUAACUGUAACAGCUAACAGGCUGUUUGCUGUGAACAAGUGGCAUAGUCUUCCUGGUAAGUGCUCCCAUCAAGGUGCCGUUCAGGACCAGCCGUACCAGUUGCCGGUGGAGAUCGAUCCUCUCAUAGCAAACAACACAGGAAUGCACAGGCGACAAAUAUCUGAUCUUUUAGACCAAAGCAUCCAGGUCCAUUCUCAGUGUUUUGUCAUAACAGCGGACAACCGGUUCAUUUUAGUCUGUGGCUUUUGGGACAAAAGUUUCCGUGUUUAUUCUACUGACACAGGUAAACUAACACAGGUGGUAUUUGGACACUGGGAUGUUGUGACUUGCCUGGCUCGAUCAGAGUCAUAUAUUGGAGGCGACUGUUACAUCCUGUCAGGGUCGCGGGACGCUACGUUGCUGCUGUGGUACUGGAAUGGAAAAAACAAUGGCAUUGGAGACAACCCAAACAGUAAGAAAAAAAUAAACUUUGCUACUCCUCGAGCAAUCCUGACUGGCCAUGACUGUGAAAUUACUUGUGCUACAGUUUGUGCAGAGCUUGGCUUAGUGAUAAGUGGCUCCAAAGAAGGUCCAUGUCUGAUACAUUCUAUGAAUGGAGACCUUCUGAGAACGCUAAAGGCUCCAGAGAACUGCAUCCGACCAAAAAUUAUACAGGCCUCAAGAGAAGGCCAUUGUAUUGUAUACUAUGAACGAGGUCUUUUCUGUGUAUUCAGUGUAAAUGGGAAACUUCAGGGCACAAUGGAGAUUGAAGACAAUACACGGGCAAUCCUGUUGAGUCGGGAUGGACAGUACCUUCUCACAGGAGGGGAUAGUGGAGUUGUCAUGGUAUGGCAAGUAUGUGACCUGAAGCAACUUUUUGCCUACCCAGGCUGUGAUGCUGGCAUUCGAUCAAUGGCCAUGUCCUACGACCAAAGGUGCAUUAUUACUGGCAUGGCAUCUGGAAGCAUUGUACUAUUCUACAAUGACUUUAACCGCUGGCACCAUGAAUAUCAGACAAGAUACUAAUAGCAAGCAAGAUAUUGAAUUGAUGCACUGAUAUGUCUCCCUUUCUGCAGGCUGUCACAGCCAUCUGCCACUGCAUAGGUCCUUAUAAAUGGCUCUAUUACAUCUGAAUGUAAUUUCAAUGAAAUUCAAAUCUGCAAACUAUUUUUAGAGUUAAUUGCUAUUUUUGUAGACCUUGCUUUUUUGUGGUGACGAGAAACAAGCAGAUGCGUUAAGGCUGCUGGAGUUCUGUAGUAAAACAAAUAUAUAUAUGAAUAUAUAUUUUUUAGUCCUAAGGAGAAGUUUAUUUUCAUCUGUGUAUUCGGGAAACAAGUUUCCAGUGGCGACUGAAUAAUACUAGUUGGCUGUCUUGCCAGCCAGGUUAAACAUUUUUCUGAUCUUGAUUUUAACUAAGUGGAUGAGGGUUUUUUCAAGGGCAUUUUAAACUGCUACCUUUCUUAUAUUUUUUGCCAUUCUACAGUACUUUUCUCUUUUUUUCUAAUGAUUGUAAUAUCAAAGCACUGAGAAAUUGUCAAGUGACUUGUAAUAACUAUAGUUUAUAAUAAUUUAAUGGAAUUGAUACAUUAUGAAGUAAUUGUUGGUUUUGGAUGCCCAAGCAGUUUUAGGAAAACUUUACACAUUCUUCAGAUAAAAUUAUUUAAAUAUUGUAAACAGGACAAAUGAUA